ACCGGUUUGUCUGUACAUGUAUACCUUACAUAAUGAGACAUGACGAUGUGUGUUCAGAUCUCUCCCCCAUAGUAUUGUGACUAACAGUGCCAUUAUUUGUAGGAAAUUGUUCUGUGAGAUUGUUUGGCUGCACCGAAAGUCAUCGCAAGUCGACCAGGGAGAGGUUUUCUGAAGAACAAUGUUCGAUAAGUUCGAUUGGUGGAUACCCUUCGUCGUCGUUUUCAUAAUCAUUCAGGUCACUCUGAUUGUCUGUCGGUGCUGUUUUAUAAGAAGACAACGGGCGGCGUACCAGAGACUUCCACCCACAACAGUUCCUGUGGGAGCUAAUACAGAAGAGAGGCCUGCUCUACAGUACAUCCAAAUCCCCGGACAACCUCCUCAGUACAGCCCUAAUACUUCAUAUCAGAACGCGCCGGUUCCUGCAGCUCCUCCGUACAGUGCGGCUAAGCCAAAGGAAGAAGAACCCCCACCACCAUAUGAACCCUAAACAACUAUUAGAAAUGAAAUAGCGGAAAGACAUAAAAACUUGAUAGCAUUCUCUAGUGCGGCUGGUCCCGUUAACGUUAAGAUAUGCCCAAAGGCCGAAAUAUGAACACUCUGUCUGGUUAAUUGAUUAUGGAAAACAAAUACGAUUGAUUUUGUAAGUUAGAAUAUUGAUUAUUAAUUUUCAGAAAAGUUAUGUAAGUGACAAAAAUAUAUAAUUCAGAACCAUCUAGCUACAAUUUGCCAAACAGGUGUCACUGAAAAUCUUCAACCACCUUCCCUUAAUUUAUAUUAGUAACAUUGUCGUUAGUUAUGACUGUACAGGGCCUGCAGUUGUCCUCUGAGACGGGGGAGUUGAUUGGUCGGUGCCGCUUGCCGACACACCGCCGCUGGACACAGGCUGGAUACUACCGAGAAAUGUAGAACAUGCAAUAAAGAUAUGAGAACGAUUUUUUGAAAGUCAAGAGGCAUGGAAUAUUGCGUGCUGAAGUGGUCUGAAACCGAAGAAGACAGUAUUUGAAUCAGAACCAGCUAUGACAAUUUAUCUAGUUUUUACGGUUACAAAAAUAAAACAGCUAGAUACUAGUAUCACCACUUUUUGACUAUCGCGUUUUUCAUGACAGAAAUAUUUCCAAAUUUGCAAAGUAAAUAAAUGUGAUGCAUAAU